AUGGCGUCAAGAGAAGUAUCAACGAUGAUCAAACAAGGGUCAAGAGAAGUAUCAACGAUGAUCAAACAAGGGUUUAUCUCUGAUCCUUCUCUCUCUUUCUCUCCUUCAAGAACUACGUCUCUCUCCAAACCCGCCAUAGCCUCUCCUCCUCCAUCGCCGAACGAUUCCACUCGGUCGCGUCACUCAAACCCGACCCUUCUCGACAUGAUCUCCGACGAGCACAACCGCGAGACCAGAAGGUACCAAGAUGAGCCUCGGAGGGAAUACCACGCGCGUGUGGCCAAGAUCUUGACGGAUUUCAAGAACGCCGUGGGACCUGGGGACGCGAAGCUGACUGUUGUUGGCAGAGAAGGGUAUAGAGACAGAGUGACCAUGGAUGUGCACAAGAAGGCAACUCUUCAAGUGAAACAGCUGAUAUUUAGGCUGUUACAACGAGAUCCGAAGAAGAGAUUAGGUUGUUUUGAAGGAGCAAACGAUGUCAACAACCAUUCUUUCUUCAAAGGCAUAAACUGGGCUCUCAUUCGAUGCACGACUCCUCCUGAGCUUGAAACUCCGAUAUUUCCGGCGCAGCUGAAAACGGAGAGAAAGACGUCGUGGAUCCUGAACUGGAAGAUCUCCAAACAAAUGUUUUUUGAGAUUUAA